UAUAAAGGUUGGUUGGGGCUGGGUUUGAACGGAGUCCUGUCCUAGGUCUGGACAGGCUUGGACCGUUUGAUUGGCGAGUGUCGGUAGUCGGUGCCAUACGGAAAGAGAUUGAAGAAUGCCGUGCAGGCUAACCUAACAAUCUUCAUUCAUGACAUCCCGUACUUUGAGGAGACGACUCCACCAUGGUGAUGUUGAUGGGAAAAGGCAUGAACAGUUUGAGACGUCGGGGCUGGAUGUUCUGAGUGAGCCCUUACUUGGGAACAAAGAAUAUGAUGAUAGUCUCUCAGAGGUGCGUGCAGCUCUUUGGGAUGAUGAAAGAAGGAAGGAACACAUCCAUUGGACACUUCUUUUUUCUCACGUAAUAGCACAGUGGGCACAAUGGAUAGCAAAUAUUGUCCUUGGAUCUGGAUCACUUAUUGGACGGCUUUUGCCCUUUCCUUUUGCCACUCAAAAUGGACAAACCAAGAAUUUUCUUCCCCCUUUGCUUAGUCCUUUACAGGAAGCAAGACUCAGAAACCUCCAGCAAAGGUUGCAAGUUCCCUUUGAUGGUUCUUGCGUGGAGCAUCAAGAUUCACUUAGACUAUUAUGGCAGUUAGCUUAUCCUGACAGGGAACUCCCAUCUCUCAAAACGGAGCUUUGGAAGGAGAUGGGUUGGCAAGGAUCUGAUCCUUCAACUGACUUUAGGGGUGGAGGUUAUAUAUCAUUGGAGAAUCUUAUCUUCUUUGCCAAGAUGUACCCGGAUGCAUUCCAGAACUUACUUCACAAAAGAGAUGGAAACAGAGCAGAAUGGGAGUAUCCCUUUGCUGUAGCUGGCAUCAAUAUUUCUUUCAUGUUGGUACAAAUGUUGGAUCUUCAAUCAGGGAAGCCAACUUCUUUAGCUGGAAUCCAAUUCUUAAAAUUACUGAGUGAAGAUGAAAUGGCAUUCGACAAUCUUUUCUGUGUUGCCUUUCAAAUGAUGGAUGCUCAAUGGCUUGCGAAGCGUGCUUCGUAUAUGGAAUUUAAUGACGUUUUGAAGUCUACAAGAACACAGUUAGAGCGUGAACUUGCACUUGAAGAUACUUUCAAUGUGAAAGAUUUACCAGCAUACAACAUGUUGAAAAGAUAACAUGGCUUUAGUUUCUCUCAAAAUUUAAUUUUCUUUUUUGUAUCUGUACAAUAAAAAAAUAUGCUAUAUCACAUUACUUGCCAAAAAAAACAAUCUGCUAAAUCACAUUGUAAAUUUAUUUUAUAUAAAAAUUACGUAUAGCUGCUGUAAUAAUAAAGCUUGAGCCCUAAAAAGUAAGCUGAACCAGGACCUAAAAUGGCUGUAAACCUAAUAUUCGCACUUGCAACCAAGUGGCAAACCAAUUCUGAUUCAGAUUUAUUCUCAAUUAGUGGUAUGUUGUUCGCCGCUUAAA